AUGAGCCGAGAUCUCGAGAACGCCAACCCCACCAUCCUCAACGUCUCGCAGCUUCCCAGCAGGCGGAGCAAGCGCCCGGAAACAAGGCGCGGGCCCGAUUCCAAAUGCGAUAGCAUUGUCUACCCCGAGCAGCACUGGUCCUAUGGCAUAAACUCGUCGUCCGACGAAGGCGAGGAUUACGCCGAAGAUCCCGUGGAUGAGCAAGACAUAUACGAUCUCAUCUCCACGAUCUCAGACCCCGAGCAUCCGCAUACGCUGGGGCAGCUGUCCGUCGUGAGGCUCCCUGAUAUCCACUUGAGCCCUUCGCCUGCCGAACUCUCAGAUCCAGACUCACUGAUCACGGCUUCGAUUGAUCUCACCCCCACAAUCAACCACUGCUCUCUAGCCACUGUCAUUGGCUUGGCAGUGCGCUGCCGAUUGGAACAGACCUUGCCGCCGAACUACAGAGUGGACGUCAGAAUGAAAGAUGGAUCACAUGCUCAAGACGAUCAGGUCAACAAGCAGCUAGGAGAUAAGGAGAGGGUGGCAGCGGCUUUGGAGAACGACACUCUUCAACGAAUGGUGGACAAAAUGCUUGAGACCUGUACAUGA